AUGGCCGACAAAGUCCUCGUACUCGGCGCAGGAGAGCUUGGCCUGGCGGUGCUUCGGGCGCUGGCGCAGCACCCCAAGCGGCCUUCGACUAAGCUCGCGGUGCUUCUUCGCCAAGCUUCCUUGGACUCGACAGACACAGAAAAAGCUGCUAAGAUCGCUCAUCUCAAGAGUCUAGGCAUCGAAUUUGAAACUGCAGAUGUGUCAAGUGCCUCUGUGGAUGACUUGGCGCCCAUUCUCGGCAAAUACGACAUCGUGGUCAGCUGUACCGGGAUGGAGCUUCCGUCCGGCACGCAGACGAAACUGGCCGAGGCGGCCUGUCAGGGACGGGCUAAGCGAUAUUUCCCAUGGCAGUUUGGUAUGGAUUAUGACAAGAUCGGCCAGGGUAGCUCGCAGGAUCUCUUUGACGAGCAGCUCGCUGUGCGACGCUUGCUACGCGCGCAGUCAGAGACCGAGUGGGUGAUUGUGUCGACGGGCUUGUUCAUGAGCUUCCUGUUCCUGGCGGCGUUUGGCGUCGUCGACCUGGACAAGCGCACUGUGCGCGGCCUCGGCAGCUGGGACAACCGCAUCACCUUGACGACACCGGAAGACAUUGGCCGGGUCACGGCCGACGUGAUGCUCGACCCACAGGGCAUCAAAAAUCAGGUCGUGUUUGUGGCAGGCGACACGCUGUCGUACAAGAAAGUGGGCGAUCUUGUUGAUGCGCACCAUGGCAAAGAGUUUCACAAGGAGCUCUGGGACUUGGACGUUCUGGCGCAGCAGCUCAGGCAAGAUCCCAACGUCAUGGUCAAGUACAGGGAGACUUUUGCACACGGGGUCGGUGUGGCAUGGGAGAUGGAGGAGACCAUCAACUAUGAGAGAGGCAUCAAGAUGACGGAUGCAAAAACGUACUUGCGGGACGUUGUUGAUAAGAAGGAUUCCUAA